AUGGAGGCACUGAGCUCUGAGCAGCUUUUCUGUACCCUUAAACAAUAUGCGGAAUCUUCAUCAGCAGUGAUUGGACUAGAUGAUGAUAUCAGUUCAGCGUUGACUACCUUGAAAGAUCAAAGGAUCAAUGGAAAAAAUGCAAUAAAAUUAACUACCCAAGACUUCUUUAACCUUGGGAUUCCUUAUGGAGUUGCCAUGGACCUGAAGGCUUUGAUUGAUGCAGUUAAGGAGGAUAUGUUAUCUGAUAAAACUAUCAAAUCAUCAAAGGGUGCACUUGGUUCUCUGGAAGCCCAACAAAGUACAGAUGAUCACGGUGACAAGUAUGAAGAGAUAAUGAAAUAUUUCUCCACCGAAGAAUUCAUGGAAAUGAGUGAAUAUGAUAAGGAAGUUCACAUGAACAUCAAGCGGAAGUAUGAAGCAACCACCGCUAAAGCUCCACUUGGAAUGGUUGUGCCUAUUCCCCAGUUCAUGCAACCAAAGAAGAAGUUGAAAAUAACGGAUAAUAGGAACAACCAGGAUGCAGGUUCAAGUCGAGAAAGUUUCAGUUCUGGAGCAGAAUUUUUUGCAAAUCAGUCAUUUGCUCAGCAGCAGAAACAAUUGGCUCAGCAAGAUAAAACCGUUUCCAAACCCAAAGUUCUGUCUGAAUGCCAGAAUAAGCCAAUUUUAAAGAAGGUUAAGCCAAAAUUAAAAGAAGAUGACUUUGUUGCCAAGCUUCCAUCAUAUGACAUUGACAGCAUUCUGUCAAAAACAAAGGGGAGGAAUAUAAGAGAGCUUGAAAAGUCCCUCAAAGAAAACGCCAUUCUCACAACAGCUCACUCUAAACUACUGAUCAGAACUCUGGUUCUUCGGGUCUUCUGUGGAAGUGAUGGCUCUUACAAUAGCAGUGUGACAUCAGAUCAGAAGGAAGGAUUGGCUGCUUCAAUUGUGAAGAGAUUUCCAUUUUUUGCAGAUACCACAGAUAAGGGAAAGUGGACCUGGUGGCGUGUUUAUGAUAGGAAAAUGAAUAGGGGUAGAAUUCCCAAUGUCAUAUCCCACCUACAAAGAAAGGGAGAUGAUAAGGAUUGCGCUGCUGAACCAGAUAAUGAAGAUGAUCCAGACUCGAUUAAUGAUGGUGCUAGCACAUCACCUGGUGCCAGUGCACCUGCCUCAAAAGUUGAUGAUUUCUUUUGGCUGAGUCUUGUGGUUCCCAAUGCUGGAGAACGCAAAAACAUUCUAAAAGGGAUGAAAGACAGUUUUGCGGCAAGAAAGGCUUGGAUUCAAAGCACUCACCCAACUAUCAAUGAUGUACUAGACAAAUUCCCUCAUCUUGUUUCAUAUGAUGGAGAACUUAUUGAAGAAGAGUUCAAAUUAUUACAUCCAGAUUUGAACCAUUCGGCUUUGCUUCAAACCCUGCCAGUUUUUAUUUCGAAGCUAAAAAGCUUUGAAACUUUGCCACCUCUUGAUGACGACAUAACAAACGGCAAGUCACUUAUAGGAUUUUACCGUACUAAGAUUAUCGUUCUUAUGUAA